GUGUUUGUAUGUGGCACACUGCGAGCGACCAAAUCACACAAAAGAUGGGGUUUGUAGCGGGUUGCUCUUGCUUGCUGCACUCUCCCCUAUAUCAAUUCCCUUUUCCUUCUUCCUCUUCUUCUCGGCACAGAAACGCACACUUGAGCACUACUAAGUUGCGAACUCCCACAUCGUCAUGCUUGCGCCAGCAUGACCCAAUCUGCAAAAAGAGAACAUUUUUCUUAAUGGGUAUCGCUCUUCUUCCAUUUCUCCCAUUGAAGACUGCCCCAGCUCUUGAAGGAUCCCCUGCAACCGCUAAAGAAAGUGAGGUGAAGACCCCAGAGGAUAACCAAAAAGAAGAGACAGCAUCCGAAAUGGAGAAACCGUCCUUUGUGUCUCUCCUGAAUGGAAUAGGAAUAAUUUCUUCUGGUGUGUUGGGGGCUCUCUAUGCACUGGCUCAGAAAGAAAAGUUGACUGCUGUUGCAACCAUAGAAACAAUGAGUGGCAAACUGAAGGAAAAGGAAGAGGUGAUUGUUUCCUUGAAGCAGAACUAUGAAUUGAAGUUACUGAAUGAGCAGGAUGAACGAGCCAAACUACUUGGAAAGGCAAAGGAAGAGCAGCAAGCAUUGAUAAACCAACUAAAUUCUGCAAACAGUACUAUCACCCGCUUGGGACAGGAGCUAAAAAGCGAGAAAAGUUUGAUUGUGGAGCUGAAACUUCAAAUUGACGGAAUUGAAACUAAGCUUUCAAAGACUUAUACAGAAAUGAAGGAUCUUGAAAACAAUUUGAAAGAAAAAAUAGAUUCUAUUGAAAUUUUAGAGAAAAGAAUUAGUCUGCUGAGUUUGGACCUCAAGGACAAAGAAGAUAUUGUUCGGAAUCUUAAUUCAUCCCUUGCAGAAAAGGAAUUGGAAUUGAAGAAUUUGAAUUCUACCUAUGAGCAAACCAAGGAUGACUUAUCUAAUGUCCAUUUGCAGAUUCAAGGGUUGAAGGAUGAACUACUGAAAACCCAAGAGGAACUAGAAGCAAAAGAUUCCUUGGUGAUGGAACUAAAUUCAAGAGUAAGUUCCUUAACUCUUGAGAACGAUGAUUUUAGGAGUAAAUAUGAUGCCUUGGAGAAGGAAUACAAUGACCUAAAGUUCACUGCUGAAAAGAAGGCUGCUUUGGAUGCUAAGGUUUUGAGAGAAAAAGAAGAGGAGUUUCAUCGGCUAAAGGAUCAGUUUGAACUUGUACUAGAUGAAGCAAACAAAAACAAGGCCAUCACUGCUAAUUUAGCCCAAGAAAGAGAAGGGUUAAAGGAGUCUCUAGAGAAUGAAUCUAAGAAAGUGAAUCAUUUGAAGUAUGAACUCCAAGUCAGUCAAGAGAAUCUUGGAAAAUCAAGAAAUGAGUCUGCUGAAUUGGAAAACCGUCUGAAUGAGUCAAACGAAUUACGCAAAGAGCUUGAGGUUGAGGUCUCUAAGCUUUCAUCUGAGCUCACUGAAGUUAAAGAGUCACUACAGAGUAGCCUCGAUGAUGCAAAACUUGGGGCAGAAAUGCUAUCUAGUGAGCUUAUGACAGCAAAGGAGCAUUUGAAGAAAGCACAGGAAGAGCUGCAGAGCAUGUCCCAUGAACUGACAGUUGCUCUUGAAAACCGUGAUAACCUACAAAGAGAAUUAGUUGACAUCUACAAAAAGGCUGAAACCACAGCUCAGGAUUUGAAGGAAGAAAAACAGUUAGUUGCUUCUUUGAACAAAGAUCUACAGGAUUUGGAGAAGCAAGUCUCAAAUGACAGGGAGGCCCGAAGAUCUCUUGAAAUGGACCUGGAGGAGGCUACCAAAUCACUAGACGAAAUGAACCGAAAUGCAUUGAUCCUUUCUGGUGAACUAGAGAAGGCCAAUUCUUUUAUUUCUAGCCUUGAAAAUGAUAAAGAGAUGCUUUACAAGUCCCUUACAGAACAAAGACAUGCAAACAAAGAGGCCCAGGAAAAUAUUGAAGAUACUCAUAACCUCAUCAUGAGACUUGGCAAAGAGAGAGAGAAUUUAGAGAACAGGGGGAAGAAAUUGGAGGAGGAAUUGGCUUCUGCCAAGGGUGAGAUAUUGCGCAUGAGGAGUAAGAUCAAUUCUUCCAAAGUUGCUGAUAACAAUGAGCAAGUGCAGAAAAAGAUCAGUUCUUCGAAAGCUGCUGAUAAUAAUGAGCAAGUGCAGAAAGAUGAAGGUGAAUCCAGGGUUACUGUAAAUGCACGGAAGAAUAUCCGAAGAAGAAAGGCGAACCCCGAGUAACAUAGAGAAACUGGAGAGCUUUCUGGUAAGAAAAAAAAUUCCAAUUCAGAGAAUGAUAUUUUGUAAUAAAUUAUUUGGAAGGUAGUUGAUGUUGCACUUUAUUCAUCUUGGCAUGCAAACAUUUCCAUGGUGCGAUAGUAUUUGUACAAACGAAAUAACACAGUAGGAAUUGUUGAGUUGAGCUUUUAGAUAGUUUUCAUAAAUAACCCUAAAAAAAGUGAGAAUACUAAGUACAGUUUGCAACAUUGAACUCUGUUUGGGUUAUACACAGCUAGUGUUCAUUGUCUAUCAAGCAAAUCAACAUACUUCCGUUGCCCUUUUUUCUGAUAUUGUGUAUCAUUGGUUGACUCUCUCUGCCACCUCCAACCUCCUCUUGUGUUUAUUUGCAUUUAUCAGAUAUCUUUUAACUAUUUAGUGUAAUAUGUUAAAAGAUCAUUGAUUGCAGCAUGAGGUGGAGUUGUAGCCCUGUUAUUCAAGCUUUAGACUAUCUGGCAAACUAGAUAUUUUUUAUGCUUUAUCACUUACAAGUAAGUGAUGAACCAUUGUAUGUUCUCGUAGGUAAUAUAAACCCAAAGCAUUAUAUUUUUACUCAAAAAAAGACAAAUUAAAAAUAAUUUGUUAUAUAAUUUUUAUGGAAAUUCUUCACAGUAACCGAUGUUAAAAUCCUACCAGUAGCAUUUUUAAUGUUAAUUGACAUGGAUACCAAUGAAAAAUGUUCUUAUCAUGCAUUUACUACUAAGAAGCUUGAGAAAUGAGUACUUUUCUUUUGAAUAUUUGAC